CUUAUCUUUAUGUAAAAAAAAAACAUAAAAAAAAAUCAGAGUUUCAUAUCUCUCCUUCUUCUAAUCUAAUGAGCCGCCUAUUCCUCAACUCUUCAGCCAAAAAUUAGGGUUUUCAUAUUCCUCCUUCAGAUCUAACGACUUGGCGAUGGAAGCUGCAAGAUCUGGAAUCGAAGAUGUUACAUCUCCUGAUAGGAUCAGCCAGUUACCUAACGAUUUACUUUUUCGAAUACUCUCAUUAAUCCCGGUAAGCGAUGCAAUGUCCACAAGUUUAUUGUCUAAACGUUGGAAAUCUGUGUGGAAGAUGUUGCCAACGCUUGUAUACAAUGAAAACUCUUGUUCCAAUAUUGGUUCUCUUGGAUUUGACCAAUUUUGUGGUAGGUCCUUGCAAUUACAUGAAGCUCCACUUCUCAAAACCCUAACCCUAGAACUUAGGAAGCAAACUGAUUCCUUAGAUUCUUCCAUAUUUCCAAACAUUCAUUCUACUCUCCUUGAAUUCUCAAUCAAAUCUACUGGUUAUCCUGUUUAUUACAGUACUAUCAGUUUCCCAAACAACCUUGAUGUCUUCCAAACACUAGUUGUCUUGAAACUCCAAGGCAAUAUUUGUCUUGAUGUUGUUGAUUCUCCGGUUUGUUUCCAGUCCUUGAAGAGUUUGUACCUCACAUGUGUGAAUUUCGAGAAUGAAGAAUCUUUUUCCAAACUUUUAUCUGCUUGUCCUGUUCUUGAAGACCUCUUCCUCCAAAGACUUUGUAGUGUGGGGCGUUUUUUGUUUUCCAUAUCAGUCCCUUCUCUACAGAGAUUAACCUACACUAAAGAACAAGCCUAUUAUUCUAACGAUGAAGCAAUACUCGAGAUUACCGCUCCUUCUUUGAAGCACUUAAACAUCUUCGAUCGCGUAGGUGUUUUCAGUUUUAUUGAGGAUAUGCCUAAAUUGGUGGAAGCAAGUGUUAGAGUUAAACUGUCAAAGAAUGAGAAGCUUCCGAAAGUUCUUACUUCAGUUGAGCAUCUUUCGCUAGAUCUAUAUCCUUCAAUGGUAACAUCUUUCUUCUCUCGCAAGCUAGGUUUUGUUUAUCUUUGAAGAUAGCAUUUGCUUUAAACUUUGAGUUUUUGCGUGCAGGUUUUUCACCUUGAUGAUAGAUUCAUCUCCAAGCAGCUUCUUCAUCUGAAAUUAGACAUUUACGACAACUUUCAGUCGAAUCUUCUUCUGAGUUUGUUGAAAGAUUUACCUAAUCUACAAUCUCUCAAGCUCAACCAUUCACAUCCCAGCUAUAAUGUCGAAGAUCAACCGUGUUCAGUCUCUGAACCAAGCUCUGUUCCUGAAUGCUUGAGCUUCCAUCUCGAGACUUUUCAAUGGAUAGGCUACGCAGGAACAUUUGAAGAGAUAGCAGCUGCGGUUUACGUUCUGAAAAACGCUCGUUGUUUAAAGAAUGCUACAAUCUCUCUGUAUUCAAGGGGCACAGAGAAUGGUUUGAUGAUGAUUAAGGAGUUGGAAUCUAUGUCUAAAGGUUCAAUCAUGUGUCAGCUUUUAGUUAAAUUUUAAAAUUCUCUCCAUGAAAUACAUCUUGGAUUUGAACCUUGAUAAUUAAAGUCUCAAACCUUUAGGUGUUUACAGAGAAACAGAGUCGAUG